CAUUCUCUCCCUCAUCGUCGUGAUGGUGCUCUCCCAUGCCGCAUCGGAUUCGGACAUCUCCGUCCACUCCACAUUCGCAUCACGAUACGUCCGAACUUCGCUUCCUAGGUUCAGGAUGCCUGAAAACUCGAUUCCAAAAGAAGCUGCUUAUCAGAUAAUUAACGAUGAGCUGAUGCUUGACGGUAAUCCAAGGCUAAACUUGGCCUCCUUCGUGACCACAUGGAUGGAGCCUGAGUGCGAUAAGCUCAUCAUGGCCUCAAUUAACAAGAACUACGUCGACAUGGACGAGUACCCUGUCACCACCGAACUCCAGAACCGAUGUGUGAACAUGAUUGCACAUCUAUUCAACGCACCGUUAGGUGAGACGGAGACGGCUGUUGGAGUAGGGACCGUUGGAUCAUCUGAGGCCAUAAUGUUGGCUGGGUUGGCCUUCAAGCGGAAAUGGCAGAACAAGCGCAGGGCCGAAGGCAAACCCUUUGACAAACCCAACAUCGUCACCGGAGCCAAUGUUCAAGUGUGUUGGGAGAAAUUUGCUAGGUACUUUGAGGUUGAGCUUAAGGAAGUGAAACUACGUGAAGGGUAUUAUGUGAUGGACCCAGAGCAAGCUGUUGAGAUGGUCGAUGAGAACACUAUAUGUGUUGCGGCCAUUCUUGGUUCCACUCUUAAUGGAGAAUUUGAAGAUGUCAAACUCUUGAAUGAUCUCUUGGUCCUGAAGAAAAAAGAAACUGGAUUGGAUGUACCCAUACAUGUGGAUGCAGCAAGUGGAGGAUUCAUAGCACCGUUUAUAUAUCCGGAGUUGGAAUGGGACUUUAGACUGCCACAGGUUAAGAGUAUUAAUGUGAGUGGUCACAAGUAUGGACUUGUGUACGCUGGAAUUGGUUGGGUGGUAUGGAGAAACAAAGAGGAUUUGCCUGAUGAACUCAUCUUCCAUAUCAACUAUCUUGGUGCUGACCAGCCCACUUUUACGCUCAACUUCUCCAAAGGUUCGAGUCAAGUCAUUGCUCAAUACUAUCAGCUUAUCCGAUUGGGCCAUGAGGGGUACAGAAACGUGAUGGAGAAUUGCAGAGAGAACAUGAUCGUGUUAAGGGAAGGGCUUGAGAAAACAGGAAGGUUCAACAUCGUAUCAAAGGACGAGGGAAUUCCACUUGUCGCUUUCUCCUUGAAAGAUAACAGUUCUCACACUGAGUUCGAAAUCUCCGAGAUGCUUCGCAGGUAUGGAUGGAUAGUGCCGGCAUAUACAAUGCCAGCAAACGCCGAGCACAUAACUGUGCUUCGUGUGGUCAUCCGAGAGGAUUUUUCAAGAACACUGGCGGAAAGACUUGUGAUGGAUAUUGAGAAAGUGAUGCAUGAGCUUGAUGUGCUUCCAUCGCGAGUGAUCCACAAAAUUUCACUUGGAGAGUUGAAGAGUGAAGAUAACGGCGACAACAUGGUGGUUACGGUGAAGAAAAGCGACAUUGAGAAACCGAAAGAGAUCAAUGUCAAGAAGAAGACCGACAAGCCCGUAUUUUGUUGA